AUGACUCCUCAGAAAGAGCACAGGAUAACCUACCACAGUCAGAGGCUUCCUGGGUUGCAAGAAGACCCUGACACUCAGGAAGUGGAUCCCCAGCAGUGGGGACAGGUCAACUCUGAAAUAAACCUAAGGGGGCCUCUCAUCACAGAAGGACCUGCAGAUGUACCUCUGAUAGCACCAUCUGGUAAUCUGCCACCAAUAUACCUUCCCCCUGGUUACAUAUCUCAGGUUGUGGAAGAAAAUGGAAUUCAAAAAAUUAUCAUUGUACCUCAGACACUUGACUAUCACAUGCCUGUGACUGGGCCUGUGCAACACCCCUUUGUAGCAGCACCAUUGCUCACAUACCCACAGGCCCCUCAACUGCUGUAUUCUCCAGUUCAAGGGGAAUUCCCAAUAUCUUCUUACAUCCAAGAACCACAGCAGAUCCCGUCACUUCCACCACCACUGCCGCUGCUACCACCACCAGCAGCAUUUAUAUUCCAGGAACAUCUUGAAACCUAUCCUCAUGGAAGAGUGAAUCAUAACCUAUUUGAUGAAAGGACUGUAACGAUUGGAGAAUAUUCAAAGAAGAAAAUAAGGGAUCGCCAACUUGGUGAACACAAGAUUAGCUCCACGUUUAGUGACACCCCUUUGGUUCUGAACAAAGUCAUUGACAUAUCUGCUCCUUCUGGUACACUCUGUCCUUACACUGUGGAUACUGCUCCAAGCACUAACACUGAUACCAGUCCUCUGGACACUUACUCUCUGAAUACUGUCUUAAAGGCUUGCACUACUGACAGCACUCCAAGAAACAUGGCUGACAAUAUUCCAGACACUAACACUACUGACAGAAACACUACUUCUUCUGGUCAUUCCCCAAGCAAUUCUACCUCAAACGCAUUUUGCUCUGACAACAGUAAUGAUAUUACAAGCCCUUCCAUAAAUACUUAUGAUCUAGUCACCUCUGAUGAAACUCACGAACCACCAGAUACUAAGAGUAUUCCGAGCUAUACUUCUGAGAGUGCUUGCAAUGCUCUCAUCACUGAAAAUGCUCAGACCUGCUCCUCGAAUAAAGAUGAUCUCAGACCAUCUGGUGCUGCCACCAUUUCCAACAACACCAGAGCAUAUACUGAAGACAAUCCUGGAGAGACAGAGACUAACAUGGGAGCAGGAGACAAUAAGCAGAUAUCAGAUGAAAACCAAAAGAAGAGACACUCAUCAAAUGCAUCAGUGAGAGAACACAAUACAGAAUAUGGAACACAGCCAUGUUGCUUCAACAUUGAAAAACCUGUGGUUUCAAAUAUUCAAACACGAUCUGCAACUGUUUCAUGGGCUCUGAACAGUGCUGAAAAAUAUGAUAUUAAUUCUCCGAUGAAAUUUGAAUUGGCACUGUCCAGCAGUGGUAAAAAUGGCAACUAUAAAAAUAUUUAUACUGGUGAUGGCGUUACUGUGGUCCUACACGAUCUACAGCCUUGCACAGUCUACUUCUUAAGAGUUGCAAUCAUAAGAGAUGGAGAGCACAGAAGUGUGUCUGAAGUGGCUAGCUUCACAACACCAGGUUGUGAACCAGACCCUCCUCUUGCACCCACACUGAUUAGCAGAACCAAGAACAGCCUGAAUUUACAAUGGAAAGGUUGCAAUGACAAUGGAUCCAAAAUAAGCAGCUUUCUAUUGGAAUGGGAUGAGGGCAUAGGUGAAGACUUCAAAAGCUGUUACACUGGGCCCCUGAAACAGCACAAGCUCUUUAAACUGAGUCCUUCGACAAAGUAUUCCUUCAGAUUGGCUGCCAAAAAUCACUUCGGCUGCAGUAAUUUCAGUGAAACAGCAGUCUUCUAUACGUCGGGAAACACGCCUUCAGCACCUCUGCCACCUAAGUUGAAAGAGGCAGGAGUCUACAGUUUGUCUCUAGAAUGGUGUGCCCCAACAAACCCAAACCCUAAUGAUACCCUUUACUUAUAAAAGCUAGAGAUGGAGGAAGCAAAGUCUGGAUUAGGUUUUAAACCUAAAUACAAUGGAGAAGACCUCUCUUGCACCGUGAAAAAUCUUCAGAGAAAUACUACAUACAAGUUUCGGAUUUUUGCCUAUAAUCUGGAAGGAAGGAGCAACCCCAGUGGAGAAGUAAAAUAUACUACCCGUCCAGCUAGGCCUGGAUGCCCUAAUAAACCACACGUAGUGGGAACGAUCCAUGCCCGCCAAGUGACAAUUGGAUGGGACUUACCCAAAGACAAUGGUGGAAUGAACAUUUCAAGUUACAGUUUAGAAGUUUGUGAAAAUUCAGAUGCUGGGAAUCUCUGGAAAAUAAUCUACAGUGGCACACUGCAGGAAUUCCUGUACGAUGACCUCCAACCGGGCACCACAUAUAAACUAAGAGUCUUUUGCACUUCACCUGCAGGCCAAAGCCGUCCUUCAGAUGUAUUGACAAUUCAGACACCUGCUCUUCCUCCUGAGUCUUGCAGUUCGCAGCCCUUACAUAGUAAAACCAAGGGAAGGGAUGCCAAUGUUCUUGACAAUCGUUCUGUUAGUGGGAAGUCUGAAGCACCUGUGCGAGGCAAAAAAGCAAAAGGUCCUCAUGACAAAAAGGAGUGUCCCAGCUCUGAAAAGACAUGUGCACUUGGAUCUCAGUCAAUGGAGUGUGGAUCUGUCCCAGCCCGGCACCCUCCUUCUCAGUGUGGUACACCUGUGCUAACCUGCAAGGGUCCAACCUGUGUUAUUGUCAGUUGGGAAAUCCCUAAGUGCAAUGGUGCUGAAAUCAUUGAUUACCGACUACAAUGGGGACAAGUUGAAGAGUCUAUGCAUUUGAUUUAUACUGGCCCUUGCUUGCGCUACGAAGUUAAAGGUCUUAUUCCUGCAACUACAUACUUUUGCAGAGUACAGCAAUGGGACGACACUUAUUCGACUGGUCUUACCUCCCUCUCCAGCGAUGCACGAGCGAUGCAGCCUAAAGAGUCCUCAAUCUCUCAGCAGAUCUCCUGUCUCCGUCGUCCUGUAGUUGGCCGUACUUCGGGGUCCCUGUGUUCGGGCACCACUUGA